UUAAUGAACAUAUAUAAUGUUAACAAAAUGUGUUUAUAGCAAAUGCAUUGUAUCGUCGUUUGAGCCCAGUAUGACAACUGUCUUUUUGCACCUCUCUAUGCGAUUUUCAUAGCUAGAUUUUUAUCUCGCUCUGUAUUUAUUGUAACGUUCUGUAAGAAGUGUGAGAGACACACCUCUCCCCACUCUCAUUCUUACUCUUACUCUUGCUUUCACUUUCACUUUCACUCUCAUUCUCUCUUACUCUUUAAUGCUACUGUUCUACUUCUUCUUCGAUCUUUAUGCACACUUGUCAGGAGUUAGUUUUAAUCUGAUCUGGUUCUCUGAAAUGCAGACUACAGACAACUGCAACAGCUGCAGCAGUUUGAUUGAACAAGUGCAUUACGCUUUUAAAAAGCUCGCCAUACAAUGAGCGAAGCCUCACAGUACUGGCUGCAAUCAUUAAGUUAAGUACUAUGGGGACUACGAAACUCUGUUUGAAUGGAAUUCUCUUGGUAUCGUUUCUGCAGUGCGCUGCAUUGAUAAAUAAGAAAUACAUUCUCAGUUCAGUUACGUGCAAAAUCGAAGACGCGGAUCCGUUCGAUGAGGCAGUGAAGAACAAUUUCGAACGGAUCGAGUACAAGCGCUGCUCGACCCUGCAGCCUCUGACCUGGGUGGCAUACAACGAGCGAUCGCAGUACUAUCAACUGCACAUCAAUUGGACUGGCUUUAGGCAGUAUUUGAGGAUGGAUCUGGAUUUGACUGCUCCGUUAACCAGUUCGCCCAGAUGUUGCUACAUGGCCGUGGAAAGGCUGACCGAGCAGAACAUUGGUUUGGGCGAGAAUUGUGAACAGUUUUCCAGUGGCGUCCAGCUGCCCAAUUCAACAAUUGGAUUUAUCGUUCAGUGCUAUGCUCAGGGCAAACGCAUCUAUACAAAUGGACAUGCCACGGUGCCCGAGCAACAGCAGGUGCGGGAGCGCUUGAAGCAGUGGGUAAAUCGACGUAAAGGUAAACAGUCAGCGCUCAGUGUGCUUCUGAUUGGCAUCGAUAGCGUCUCUCGACAGCAGCUGAUGAGGGCAAUGCCCAUGACCAAGCAGCAACUCGAAUCCAGUGGCUGGUUCGAACUGGCUGGAUACAAUAAGGUGGCAGCCAAUACGUUGCCCAAUCUACUACCUCUGACCACCGGCUACAAUCGCAGUAGUGUUAUGUCCCUCUGUGAUCCACGCGAGGAACUCGGAUUGAAGCGUUGCAAGUUCAUCUGGAAACUUUACCAGGAGUUGGGCUAUGUAACGGCCUUCGGGGAGGACGAUACGCCCAUCAAUACAUUCAAUCUGAAUAUGAGGGGGUUUCGCAGCGUGCCCGUGGACUACUAUUUGCGUCCAUAUCUAAUGGCGGCCGAGCAGUGGCUGGAUGUGAAAAUUGGGGAUUCACAGACUUGCCUGGGCUUUCACCAUGCGUCGGAGCAUGUUUACGAGUAUGCUUUGGAGUUUACGCGGCGCUAUCUCAACGAUAGCUUCUUCGGCUUCUUCUGGACGAAUACGCACAGCCACGGAGGCAGUAUCUCCCGCACCACUGUCAUGGAUGAGUAUAUGCGAGAGUAUCUGAAUCGUUUGAGGAAUUACGGAAUUCUGAAUCGAAGCAUUGUCUUCUUUCUGAGUGAUCAUGGUUUGAGGGCUGGUCCGACAUGGCAGACACCGCUUGGUUGGUUGGAGGACCGCUUGCCAUUCCUAUACAUUUGGUUGCCUCCUCAUCUACAGCAAUCCCAUCCAGAAUUUGUGCAGUCAUUGAGAGUGAAUCGACAGCGUUUAACCAGCCCAUACGAUUUGUAUGUCACACUGAAGCACAUACUCCGUAUAGGGAGUCCUAAUCAUCUAAAAGACUUGCUAGGAGAUGCCGUAGACUGUCUCAGUUGCCAGAGCCUCCUCUUGCCGGUGCCCAUCAAUCGCACGUGCGCAGAUGCUGGCAUUUCGGAUCAUUGGUGCGCCUGCAGAUCGUAUUACCGCUAUUCCACCUUGUCGGACAGGGAUUACAUUAUGGCCCAACUGUUGGUGCAGCAUGUGAACAGCCUGUAUAAUAACUAUCACAAUAGCAAAUUUGUUAGUCGCUGCGAACCUCUCACUUUGGUUAACAUCACUAAGACCUAUUUGGGAAGACGUCAUACAGCGGAUAAUCCAACCAUAUCCCUGCACCGUAUACAGGUUAUGAUGAUGCCUACGUUUUCCACGUAUGAGGGAACAAUAUGGUACAAUAGCAGUUCCCAGGAAAUGCAGGUGACGGGCGUUAGUCGUAUAGAUAAAAUAAAACCCAACUGCCACGAUGAACAAUUUCGAAUUAAAAUUUGCAGUUGUCGAUAAGUAUUUGAAUCGAGAACAGAACCAGUUCCUAACCCGGGUGC